AUGCAAAACCAGCCGGUCAGCGAUGAACAACCAGCGAACGACGCCUCUGGUGACCGAAAAGGUGCACCGACUCGGGCGGUGAUCGCGAAGAAGGUUGGCAACUCCGUCGAUGACCUGCGGAACGCGAUCGGCCAUAUCUCUCCCGAUGACAUCACGCAGCUGCCGGCAGUACAAGACACGCGAGUUCCGUGUCGAUGUUCACCGCACGAAAUCAUUCAGCCAUACGGGAGCCAGACCUUUGACCACCCCACGGACAUCUCAAAGACCACCGGCAAGUUCAGCCAGAGCGUCGCACACAAACGGACUGCUAUCGUAGCCAACGACCUCAAGAGGAGCAAUACGCCCGCCCCGUAUUUGAUGAACGAAGGUCCGGCCUAA